AUGGAAGAACAAAUUGAGAUAUUAAAACAUCGCAUCCAUUCGAAUUGUUUACCACCAGCAUUCAAUCUUCUUGAUUAUUCACUUAAUAAAAUUGAUAAAAUACUUAGCCGAUCGAAACAAUCUUCUACUAACGAUGAUGAUAACAAGCAACCAACAAUAUUAUAUGCUUGUCGUUUAAAAAAAAUUGACCGAUCUAAAUAUGGUAUGCUUGAAUUAAGUAUAGCAGCUGGUGGUGCCAUGGGUUCACCAUUUACUAUGGUUUUAGCAAAUAUUUAUAUGUUAGAAUGGGAGCAAAAAUUAAUUCAACACCAAAAUAGACAUCAUGAAAUUUAUGGACGAUAUAUUGACGACAUAUUUAUGACAACUAAUUUAUCCAAAGAAGAUAUUCUGAAAGAACUUGAUGAAACCAUUAAAACAGAUUCAAAUGUCACAAUUAGUACUACUAUCAGUCAAUCAUUAGAAUAUCUUGAUUUUACUAUUGAAAAUAUUAAUGGACAUUUAAAAAUAUCUAUUUAUCAUAAAUCAGCUUCAGAACCCUAUAUUCUACCUUAUGAAUCUGAUCAGACAAGACACGUUCAUGUGAAUCUAAUUUAUAUUGCAUUAGUGCGAGCUGCACGUAACUGUUCCAAUGUGGAAGAUUUUGAUAUGGACCGAUUAAGUACAGAAAUGAUAUUACUAGUUAACGGUUAUCCACCAAAAUUUAUACAACAUCAUAUAAAAACAUUCUUUGUUAAAUAUGAUUCUAUGAGUGUAUGGACUGAAUUAAACAGUGAAGACAAUCAACAACUACAUAAUAUGUUACUUUAUAGACCAACAAAAAGAGAAAACAAAACAUAA